AUGACAAAGCCUUCAGAAUUAACUAUUGAUUGCGUAAUUUUCGUUCUCGGUGCCCCUGGAACAGGAAAAGGUACAUAUUGCACUAGAUUGGCAGAAGCGUUCAACUUCUGUCACUUAAGCGCUGGUGAUUUACUUCGAGAAGAAGCAAAGCGUCCGGAUACGGAAUAUUCCAAACUAAUCAACGAUUGCAUCUCUGAAGGCGUAAUAGUGCCAGCGUACAUUACGGUAAACUUACUUUUAAACAAAAUACGAAUGUGGGCCGACCAGUACAAAGGGUUUUUAAUCGAUGGUUUUCCAAGAAACAAAGAAAACUUUGAUUGCUGGUACAACUCAGAUUUAAGCAAUAUCAAACAUAUAGGUUGUUUAGUAUUUGAGUGUGAUACACAAACAAUCAUUCAAAGGAUACUGAAACGAGGUGAAUCGUCUGGUAGAAUUGACGAUAAUUUGGAAACCUUGAAAAAGCGUUUACGUUGUUUUGAGUACGAAUGCAAAUCCAUCAUUAGUCACUUCCGCUCUUUGGACACUUGUUUGACCAUACAGACAGACAUAGACAUUAAUGAGCAUUGGCCCGUUGCUGCUAGAAUGUUUAGUGAAUUUUAUCAUCAGCUGAUAAAUGAUAAUGUUUAA